UCUUCCACGGGCUCCAGUCCAUUAACGGCACAGUCCUCUUCCAGAAUUUCGCCGCCAAUGCGGCCGGUGUGAGCCCGGGCUUCGGCGGCACCUUCUCUCCUCAGAUCAGUUUACCUCAGCAGCAGCAGCAGCAGCAGCAGCAGAACCGUCGAUCUCCUGUCGGCCUCCAACACCAUCACCACCACCACCCCCAGCACCACCAUCCCCAUCCCCAACACCAACACCAACACCAACACCAGGCCGCUUUCCCUCACCAGAGGAACACCUACAACCAUCAUCAGCAGCCCAUAAUGAAACAAUCUCCAUGGAACAGCCACCAGAGCAGUGGGUGGAGCGCAGGAGUCUCUUGGGGAGGCAUGUCGACAAGAGAUCACCGUAGAGCUGCUGGAGUAGGGAUGCCGGCAACAAUGAACCAAAUUUCUCCACUGAAGAAACCUUUCUCCAGUAAUGUCAUAGCGCCACCCAAAUUUCCUCGUUCAGCCCCAACACUGACACCAAAAUCCUGGAUCGAAGACAAUGUUUUCAGGACCGACAACAAUAGCAACACUCUGUUACCUUUACAGGAUCGCACUCGUCUAUAUGACUCCUUGAACAUGCACUCACUUGAAAACUCACUCAUUGAUAUAAUGAGAGCUGAGCACGAUCCACUGAAAGGGCGCUUGGGAUAUCCACAUCCAGGUACUGACCAUCUUCUCAUGCUUAAUGGGCGCUCUUCAUUGUUCCCUAUAGAAGAUGGAUUUCUUGAUGAUGGUCAUGCAGAUCAGACAAUCCCUGGCGUUCUGAAUUCACCUAACUGCUGCUCAUCUCACCAGAAUGGGGAACGAAUUGAACGGUACUCACGCAAAGUGUUUGUUGGUGGUCUUCCACCAGAUAUUGAUGAAGAUGAAAUUACUGCCAGCUUUCGCCGCUUUGGACCAUUGGUAGUUGACUGGCCUCACAAGGCAGAAAGCAAGUCCUAUUUUCCACCAAAAGGUUAUGCCUUUCUCCUGUUUCAAGAGGAAAGUUCUGUCCAGGCUCUGAUAGAUGCCUGCAUUGAAGAGGAUGGUAAACUCUAUCUUUGUGUCUCGAGCCCCACUAUCAAGGACAAACCAGUCCAAAUCCGCCCGUGGAAUCUGAGUGACAGCGACUUUGUGAUGGAUGGUUCACAACCUCUUGAUCCACGUAAAACUAUUUUUGUUGGUGGUGUUCCUCGGCCCCUAAGAGCUGUGGAGCUGGCUAUGAUAAUGGAUCGACUUUAUGGUGGAGUAUGUUACGCAGGAAUAGAUACUGACCCAGAGCUAAAGUACCCAAAAGGUGCAGGACGUGUUGCCUUUUCUAAUCAACAAAGCUACAUAGCUGCCAUCAGCGCUCGUUUUGUUCAGCUACAGCAUGGAGAUAUUGAUAAACGGGUGGAAGUUAAGCCAUACGUGCUAGAUGAUCAAAUGUGUGAUGAAUGCCAGGGUGCUCGAUGCGGUGGAAAGUUUGCUCCAUUUUUCUGUGCCAAUGUCACUUGUCUGCAGUAUUACUGUGAAUUUUGUUGGGCAAACAUCCACUCUCGCGCUGGGCGGGAGUUCCACAAGCCACUGGUGAAGGAGGGGGCUGACCGCCCUCGUCAGGUCCACUUCCGCUGGAGCUGAACACAUUCAGAUGUCUGAAGGAUCAUGACGGAUGAAGGGAAAAGAGUGCAUGAGGCUUAAAAGGCUGAAGAAACCAAGACUAGUUAGGAGAAAUAAGUGCAUUCUUCUGCCUCCUACCCCAGCUCUCAAUGCGUACAUCAUCUGUAGCAGCUAAUACACUACAGGCCUCUUGUUUGUCACCAAAACCCUGCAUCUCAGGCUUUACUAACUUUUUUGAGGUACUUUCAUGUUUUUAAAAAA